GGGAGGGCAGUGCCGGAGGAGGAGGAGGAUGAGGAGAGGUCCCUGUGUCAGUGUGUGAGGAGGAGGGAGAGCCGUACAGAGAGGCAGCGAGUGAGCCAGAGAAGAGAGGAGGAAGGCUCCGGCCAUUGCCAGGGAUCCCCGGCCCCUCCAGCAAAUGAAUGGCGUGGCUUUCUGCCUGGUGGGAUCCCCGUCUCCCCCCGCCGGACAAACCCCCGUGGCGCAGCGGGAUGGGGGCUGUCCGAGCAAUUCUCCACCGCUGGACGAGUCCUUUCAUUGGGUCGGACCCAGAUCCCUGGUCAUCAGCAAGAGUCAGCACGGAUUCGGGUUCACUCUGCGCCACUUCAUAGUUUACCCUCCCGAAUCUGCCGUCACCUCUGCCCACCAGGAGGAGGAUGGAGGUGCAGAUCUCCCCUCAGCAGCGAGUCACCUGGAGCCUAUGGACACCAUCUUUGUGAAGCAGGUGAAGGAAGGAGGCCCGGCUCAGAAGGCAGGAUUGUGCACAGGUGACCGACUGGUGAAGGUGAAUGGCGAGAGCAUCAUUGGAAAAACAUACUCCCAAGUUAUUGCACUCAUACAGAACAGUGAGGCUGCCCUGGAACUGUCCAUUAUGCCCCGGGAUGAAGAUAUAUUGCAGCUGGCCUACUGCCAGGAUGCGUAUCUGAGAGGGAAUGAGCCGUAUCGAGGUGUCGCACACAGUAUCCCUGAGCCCCCAGCUGUCUUCUAUCCAUGGCGGACUCAUGAGCCAGUUUCUGCGUAUGCUCCUGCCUCUCGGUACCACCAUCCCACCUCCACUGAUGCCUCCACCGUUAGAAGCCCCACUCACAGUGAAGUGCCAAGGGGCAUCCCUGCCCACCGUGAUAAUUACCCACGGACUGUUCCCCAACCCAAAUCCUACCAGGGGUCCCCAUCCUCAUCAGACAGAUUCAGGGGUCCUGGACCCCCCCACACCAGCCAUGGCUGGCAUUCUCACUAUAUGCAAGACACACCACAAAAUGUUUUACCUGAACCCUGGGAGAGACUGGCCGGCCCACGAUGGGUGAGUCAAUGGGAGCGCCAACAGGCACUGUGCAGCUGGAUGUCCCAACAGGCCCCUCGGAAGGGCUCAGCCUUGCCCCCGAGAAGACGCAGUGCAUCACAGGACCGGCUAGGAGAGGCCACUCACAUGAGCAACUGGCCCCACAGUGUAUCCCAUGACACUCUUCAUCAGGCCCCAUUGUAUGAGUCUUGGGGUCACCGGGCACAGUCUGACAACUUCCUCGCUCAAUACGAUAGAUCUACAGAGAAACUAAACCUAAGUGCUCUGAUUUCUCCUUCUUAUGAGCAUCGCAUUUGGUCACAGGACAGACCAUUCCAUUCUUCCCAAGCACCCCCUCAUGUUCGCCCAAACCAAACAGUAUCACCUGGCCUAAGGGAAGCAGCAAAGCCCCCACAACCGCACCCCAGCUCUGGGGAUUCUGGGUACAUUGGAUACCGUAGUUACAGUCCCUCGUUCCAGAGACGAACUGAACUUCUAAAUGCCUUUUCUUUCCGGGAAACUGCCUUUAGCGGCCUCCCAACCUUCAGGACUGAGCAGUAUUCCGGCUCUCCAGCUUCUCCACCCGUGAGGAGAGAGUCUGCAGUGUCGGCCAGCUCCACAGAGGACAGCUCUUCCACGCAGGAGAGAAGAGAGGAGGUAGUGCUGCGGCAGAAACCCCCUUCCGGCCGAAAGUCUACUACGGUGGUGCGCCAAGUUAAUUUACACUUUCCAACAGAAGUGAAGGAUGCUGAGCUCCCGACUUCUACCUCAGUCAGCGAAGAAACUUCCCGAGAGCGACCGUUACAAAGGGUGCCCCCACUGCCCCCCUCUGAGGAGCCUCUGGCAUCCAUACCUUUCAUAGACGAGCCAACAAGUCCUAGUAUUGACCUCCGAGCCAAACACGUCCCUGCCUCCUGUGUGGUGUCGAGUGCCAUAAACUCUGCCCCUGUUAUCUCUGCCAGCCCUUCCUCGCCCUCCUUCAGCUUUAAUAUCAGUCACCAUUACUCUCAGGACUGCAGCAGUAUUAAGUCCAGCCGACGUUCUUCAUAUGUCCGCGCCAUUACCACUGAGAGGUCUAAAUCGUGUGACGAUGGACUCAACACCUUCCAAAAUGAAGGAAGACUUCAAAGGCGUGUAGUGGGUCGAGUGCCAAGCUUGAGAAUGCUCCGGAGCUUCUUCACUGAUGCGUCCUUAGAUAGUUUGGUGGCGUCCGAGGAAGGACGGUCGAAGCGUCACUCAGCCUCGGAACUCUCUGAGACAGAAUUCAGUGAUGUCCGAAAGGAUGGCUGGCUGCUGUAUAAGCAGAUCCUCACCAAUAAGGGAAAGAAGGUGGGCAGUGGCCUUCGUCAGUGGAAGCGAGUGUUUGCUGUCCUGCGCCCUCACCUGCUGUUUUUGCACAAGGAUCGCCCAGAAGCACGGGGCCCCGGCCCAGGUGAGGAGGAGCAGCCAAUCAGCAUCCUCGGAAGCCUGGUGGACAUCUCUUACAGCGAGACCAAAAGGAAGCACGUCUUUCGGCUGACGACUCCUGACUUCUGUGAAUAUCUCUUUCAGGCUGAGGAUCGGGAUGACAUGCUCAGCUGGGUCAAAGCUAUCCGGGAGAACAGCCGGAUGGAUGGGGAGGACCCCGGCUUUGCCAGCCAAGCAUUAAUAAGCAAGAAAUUAAAUGAUUAUCGUAAAGUAAGUGUUACAGUGGUCAAACAGGAGACGUCCCCCAAGGGGUCACGGAGCUUAGGUGUCCGACCUGAUCUUUUAUGGACAACUGAUGUGAGUGCUCCUCGCUCUCCAAAGCCUGAUGGUGCUGCUAAAGAGGAAGCUCAACCAUCCAAGGUGGCCUGGGGAAUAAACCUCAUGAAAAAGAACAAAAAGUGUCCACCCAGAGCGUUUGGAAUAAGACUGGAGGACUGUCAGCCUGCAGCGGAGAAUAAGGGAGUGCCUCUGAUCGUCGAGCUGUGCUGCUCUCAGGUGGAACAGAAGGGCUUGGAGUAUUUGGGAAUUUACAGAGUCCCUGGAAAUAAUGCGGUGGUGAGCAGCCUACAGGAGCAACUCAACAAGGGCCUGAGUGAGUCCAACAUGCAAGACCAGAGAUGGCAGGACCUUAAUGUAGUGAGCAGUUUGCUGAAAUUGUUUUUCCGGAAACUCCCCGAACCUCUUUUCACUGAUGACAAGUACAGCGACUUCAUUGAAGCAAACCGGUUGGAGGAUUCCAGAGAGAGGAUGAAAAUGCUUCGCAAACUGAUUAGAGAGCUGCCUUCUUACUACUAUGAGACCCUACGGUUUCUCGUGCGCCAUCUAAAGACCAUCGCAGACCACUCUGAGAAGAACAAGAUGGAACCCCGAAACUUAGCCUUGGUCUUUGGUCCAACACUGGUUCGCACCUCAGAGGAUAACAUGACUGACAUGGUGACGCACAUGCCGGACCGAUACAAGAUUAUGGAGACACUCAUCCAACAUUUUGAUUGGUUCUUCAGUGAGGAGCAAGAGAAGGCAGAAAAGACCCCUGUGGAUGAGUCACAUUCCCAGUCUGUACCAAACAUCGAGCAUCUUCUACUAAAUAUUGGACGGACGGCAGGAACUGGGGAGAACUCCGAUUCCACCAACAGUGAUUCUGCUAAAGGGAAGGUCCCACGGAAGGAAAUCUACGCCCGGGACAUCCUGUCCAUUCCCUUUAUUUCAGCCGUUAACCGGAAGCGCAGGAAGAGGCGAGAUGAGAAGCGUUUUGGGAGCAGCACGGAGGAGGAUGAUUCUGAGCAGGAGGCGGCACAGGCAGGGCAGGCAGAGCAGAAGGUUGAAGCAGCAGAGGAACCGAGAGAGUCAGAGGAGUCCCAGGCACAAAGCUGCCCACACUCACAGGGAGUAGAGCGAAUACACAGCGAGGAGACUGGAGAAAGGGACAAAGGUUCCCAGACCCGAUGGCAGGGACCUGGGCAGGAGAGAAUCCCUGUUGAUGCCCGUUCCAUUGUGUCUGGAUAUUCUACUCUUUCUACCCUGUGCUCAGAACCCGCCUCCAGUGUCCGUGGUGGGGAGGAGGCAGAUGAUGAACGCAGCGAGUUCAGCCACAUGGAGACUGACACGGAGGGGGUGGGAGCACGAGAGACUGAAGACCGACCUCACUCUCAGGACUCAUUUACCUCUCAGAGACUCAUACCCGGGGACACUCUCGCUCGGAGACGGCUGGGCAAGGGCAGGAUCGAUAGCAAAGAGGAAUCGGUGCCCCGCACUUCCCAGCGCAUCAGGCCGGCAGCGGAUGACUUGUGCGUGGCAGCGUUACGCAAACCUGGCUCACCGGAGACCCGCCGUAGGAAGAGCGCCUGGCGCCGGCACACUGUGGUGCUCUCAGGGCAACUGAUUGACUGCAACUUCAACGACUGGAAGGAGGGGGCUGCCGUGGCAUCUGAACCCGGGAGCCGCCUCAGUGGGGGAGUCUGGGUGGAAGGGAGGGAUUCUGGACUCAGCAGCCUGGAGUCUCAGAAAGCCAAAACUUCUGCAGCUCAGGAAGCUCUGGGCAACAAAGGACCAAGCCAUGGGGCAAAGUCUCCGAAUCCUCCCCUGCAGCCUGGCCUCCGCCAUUAUCUAUAGACUUCUCUCUAACAACAGUUGGACCUGUGCUUCCUCUGCUGCAUCUCUCACCUGACUCUUCCAGCUCCGACCUCUGGUCACUGACAUCUCUUUGUGUCUACGGGGUGCCCCAGGCAACGGCGGUGGUCGGACUGAGGUUCUUGGAAACCUCUGCCUGAGCCGUGCGAGAGCCGCCAGUCAGGAGCCCGAGACAGGGCAGCCUGGAACAGAAAGAGUUACGGCACGUGAGGAGGCGACGUCGGAAGUGGAUCACGCAGGACUCGCCACAUACAAACUGUGAUCCAUGAACUCAGGUGCCUUAUUAUAUUUAUGUUUACAGGAUUAACCCUUUCACUGCUAAGCUAAUGAAGAUAUAGAUGUGCAAUGUGUUUAUAUAUAUAUAUAGAUAUAUAUAUAUAUAUAUACACAUACAGGGGACACGUAUAGCGAUGGGUUUACAUUACUGACCCCCGAGAAGUCCAGACUAUGAGAAUAAUGCCUCGUCCAAUCCCUUCCUUCUCUGGAAUAAGGGCUUUAAGGGUGGGGACGUUGCACUGCCAAUAGAGGGGGCCCUCCUGCCACUUUGUUCCAUGUUUACAGCAACAACCCAAAGUAUUUGCAUCAGACACAAGCAGAUAUCCUCCACAUUAUAUAUAUAUAUAUAUAUAUAUAUAUAUAUAUAUAUACUACAUACAUGUCUGCAAACUGCCUCUAACCUACAUUUAGUCAAAGAGAUAAAUAUGGUAUUUUCCCCCAAUUCUUAAUAAAUUCACACAUAAUUUGUUUGUCCUUUGGCAGCUGACUCCGUAAUGCUGGGUACCCACUUAGUAUUGCAACCCUCCGCCAGUUGGUAGAAACUUGUAUCUGCAGCUGACAGUUUGCUUCCCAGUGUGUUGCACAUACGUCAGAAUCUGCCUUUGCAUGCUAACGGCGCCACCUAUGGGUCACAUGAGGGGACUGCUAGUGGCCAUGGAACCUAGAGGGGUCCCACAUAGAGAGCAAUGGCUGACAGCACAUGGAAAAGGGCUUCACAUAUUUCCUUGGGCCCCUUAGGCCAUAGCAGGGUUACAGAUACAUAUAUGUAUAUCUUGUAGUUCUUGGGAUAUCCAAGACGUUAUAUGAGCAUUCACCCUUUAAUUUCAGGCCUUUCCUCAGGUGUGAUUUGGAUGGUACCUGUUGGGGGUUCUAUUAUCUCCAUGGGGCUCAGAUGGACCUUUACCAUAGGCUGUCGGUUAUUGGUUCUCUAUCCAACCUGCCCCAGAGCUUUCAGCUUGAGGGCAAUACACAGGUGGGGCAGUUCUGUUCAUAUAAUGAAUGGUUCCCACCAUCAAAGAAGACAUCCCUGCAUUGCAAUUAUUUAGGCCAGUGGAAGCAAUAUCCAAAGGGUUGGGGAACAACAUGUUCAUGAGCCACCGGUUGGGGAUCACUAGAUUAAUAACAUGGAACUGUUACUAGUCUGUUACUAGACUAGAGAAACUGGAUGUAACACACCCCCCCCCCCCAGAGUACAACUUUAAUUUCUACAAUUGUUCCCAAGUCAUGUUCCCUUCUCAGAAAGUUUGAACAAAGCCUUGGCUGGUGGGUCAUUCAACCAGUGGAAUUGCCUACAGUUUGGGGGCUCAACUGAAGAUGUUCUUCAGACAUUUUCCUGCAUUGGGAACAAUAUUCCUUAUGGUAUGGCGUACUGUAUAUAGAGAAUUGUGCCAAACCUCUAACCCCCCCCCAGCUGAUCCCUAGUUCACCCUCAUAUCAUAUGAGAAGAUAGAGAGCUUGGAUGAGGCCAAGUCUGGAUGAAGAUUGGCUUUGUAUGUGUCACGUGGGCAGGUCAGACUAUUAUUUAACCACUGUGGGUAAUGAUCGUUAGAAACGUGCUCACCAUGUGGGUAUCUGGGUUUGUAGAGUCAAUUAACGGUCGUUUUUGGAUUGUUUUUGUAAAUGUGUUGAGACGUCUGUGGAAUGGGGAAUGGAAGAGAGUCAUUGGGAAGGUUGGUCAUGGGAUGCCUUGUGCACUCCUGUGUAGGGCCAUUGGUUGGGCAGAGAGGCCAUUUAUCAUUUGCAACAAUGUUAAACAAUGCUGUGAAACAGUUGAUACCUACAGAGGUUCUUCCUCCAGGCUGGGGCCCUGGCCUUCUCUUCUCUAAGCCGAUGAGGGUUAUUUAUUGGGAGAAAGGGAGGCAGAAACGUUAGGAUGAUGGAGGAUCUCACCAAUGGGACCGUCAGUUGGAAAUGUCUGGGACAAAAUGAAUUGUAAACACCAUUCCCUCAUCAACUGCCUGAAACUUAGAGGGUGGCAUUUCAUUUAUAGGAUCCAUAUAUUUAUAUAUGACAGUUGGGAGCGGCAGAAAGAGAAUUUAGUGACAAACAUUCCUUUAUGCGACAUAUUGAGCGCAAGCUCUCCUCGUUAUGCGCCAGACAGAUACAUGUCAGCUCAGUGGGUCAGGUUGGGACUUUUUCAAGAGACUCGCCACCCUCUCUCAUUGACACCAGCUCAGUGUUUUCUUUACCUCCCUAAUAAUAUGGGGGGGCCUUUGCCUUUAAAGGUGCACAUGGGGCCAAUCAGGGGCCCGCGCUUGUUUACGUUGCAGAUUUACAGAGUGUUUUUUCGAGCCUCUAUAGAUACUGCUCUCUUCUCCUGCCACCCUAUGAGUUCCUCCAACCCUUUUAUUGCCCUUCAGAGCCCCCAAUUCCCCCCAGUAUACUUCCAGUUGUACUUUACUGCACCCCAUGUUCCCAGCGCUUCUGUAACAAUGUAAAUACACAGCUGGUGCUGCUAACACAUGUCUCACGUAUGACAUCAGCGGGGGUCCUCCUGCCUAGUACUUAACCUGUUAACAUGGUGCCACUAAUGAUCGUUAUGUCCCUGACGUGGACAUUUUUUUUUAAACCAUAAAACAAAGAGAGUGAUUCCAAGCUUCUCUGGCAGCCAAGGGGUUAAUGUGACCUAAACUCUGUCCUGAGCGUUUUGUAGCCAAACUGACUCCAUUCCAGACUAGUAUUGGGACUAAUGUAGAAUCCGGUUCUGCAUAUACUGUACAAAUAUUAUUUCCUUCUGUCCUGUAAAUAUGAUCUAUAAAUGUGUAACAUAAUAUAAAAUGGAUAAGGAUUUUUAAAGUUUGUUCUUUGAACCCCCCCAACCCCCCAGCUCCUCUUAAACAUGAAGUUACUGCUGAAUAAAGCUUUCUGCAUGUC